ACAAAAGAUCCGGGCUAGCCGAGCUCCUCGGACUUAGUCGAUCCGUCUAGCCUAACGUUAGUUCUUACUUUUCUCCCAGGAACGAGCCGCUCCCCUGGCUUUUAACCACUUUCUUCAGAUCCUGUGUGGCAGACAGUCUUCUUCUACUGGCUUUGUGUCAGCUAAUGUCAGCCUGAGCCAUUUCAGCGAUCGCUUCGCCUGCGCUGGCCAAGCUAAACGCGGUAGCCAGGUUAGCUACUCGGCUAACUAGCUCUGGCUGCCUCUCUACUACCAGCGACGGCAGUUAGCUUAGCUUGCUAGCUAGCUAGCUUUGCUAAAACCCCCACCUCCUCCUCCUCCUUAACAAACUUGACACUGACUGACACAAGUGGCUCUGGCUUGUUGCUGACAAGCCAUUUUACUAAUACUCGUCUCGUAGCCAUGUCUGGACAGUCGUCGGGCUGUGGGUUUCUCAUGUCGGUUGUUGUCCACGGAGACGCGGCUCUAAACGAGCAGGAAAAGGAGCUCAACCAGCGACUCCGACGGCUCUAUCCAGCCGUUAAUGAAAACGAGACCCCGCUUCCUCGGUCCUGGAGCCCGAAGGACAAGUUUAGCUACAUCGGGCUCUCUCAGAACAAUCUCCGCGUACACUAUAAAGGUCACGGCAAAACUCCUAAAGAUGCAGCGUCUGUACGGGCCACCCACCCCAUCCCAGCCGCCUGUGGAGUCUACUACUUUGAGGUGAAGAUCAUCAGUAAAGGCAGAGAUGGGUACAUGGGUAUUGGCCUCUCAGCUCAGGGUGUAAACAUGAACAGACUCCCUGGUUGGGACAAGCACUCAUAUGGUUACCAUGGAGAUGAUGGCCACUCCUUCUGCUCAUCCGGCACUGGGCAACCCUAUGGGCCCACGUUUACGACAGGCGACGUGAUUGGCUGCUGCGUUAACCUCAUCAACAACACCUGCUUCUACACAAAGAAUGGCCACAGCCUAGGUAUUGCCUUCACAGAUUUACCACCUAACCUGUACCCGACCGUGGGCCUUCAGACCCCAGGGGAGGUGGUGGAUGCAAACUUUGGCCAGCACCCCUUUGUGUUCGACAUUGAGGACUACAUGCGAGAGUGGAGGACAAAGAUCCAGGCCCAGAUCGACCGCUUCCCCAUUGGAGAGCGCGAGGGCGAGUGGCAGUCCAUGAUCCAGAAAAUGGUGGCUUCCUACCUGGUGCACCACAGCUAUUGUGCCACGGCCGAAGCCUUUGCCAAAUCCACCGACCAGGCUGUGCACGAGGAGCUGGCCUCCAUCAAAAACCGGCAGAAGAUCCAGAAGCUGGUGUUGUCGGGUAGAAUGGGCGAGGCCAUCGAGACCACCCAGCAGCUCUAUCCCAACCUCCUGGAGAGGAACCCAGACCUUCUCUUCAUGCUCAAGGUGAGACAGUUCAUAGAAAUGGUGAAUGGGACAGACAGUGAGGUGAGAUGUCUUGGAGGUCGCAGCCCAAAGUCUCAGGACAUUUACCCCGGCUCCCCCCGCUCCUUCAGCAGCCCCAGCCACAAAGCCAGCGGCUCCCAGUCGUACCUCACAGGGUUUGACAGCAACUGCUGUAAUGGUGUGACGUCUAAUAAGAGCCACAGCUCCUCUCCUCACAGUCACAAGCCCUGCCCCCCCGGCUCUGGCUCCACCCUCCCAGCAUCUGAUAUUAGCCUCAACGGGAGCCGCAGUCAACAGCCCAUAACCAGUAACGAUGUGGAUAUGGAGGUUGACCACUUCACCAAUGGAGUGACAGAAUCAUCCUCCAACGGUUUCCUCAAUGGCAGCUCUAAACACACCGCCGAGCCCGACGACUGUGAUGCAGACAUGGAGGUGGAGUCUGCUCAGUCCAAGAGGCAGCUGUGCGGCGGGAGCCAGGCAGCCAUCGAGAGAAUGAUCCAUUUCGGCAGGGAGCUCCAGAGCAUGAGCGAACACCUCCGCCGCGAGUGCGGCAAGAACUCUGCUAACAAGAAGAUGCUCAAGGACGCCUUCAGCCUGCUGGCCUACUCAGACCCCUGGAACAGCCCAGUUGGCUACCAGCUGGACGCCAUUCAGAGAGAGCCGGUCUGCUCCACUCUCAACAGUGCAAUAUUAGAGACUCACAACCUGCCCAAGCAGCCCCCCCUGGCCCAGGCAGUGGGUCAGGCCGCCCAGUGCCUUGCCAUCAUGGCACGGACUGGCAGUGGCUCCUGCGCCUUCGCCUCUGUGGACGAUUACUUGCACUAGCCCUGCAUACACACACACACUCGCACACACACAAGCACUCUGAGGACCUGUCCAAUAAUGUCUCCGCCCACCUCCUGCAUCAGUGUAGUCAUGUUAGCCGAGGAGACAUUCCUCUGCACGAUAACAAAUAGUAGGAAGUUAACCAUCUCACUUGCUUCUCGUUCUGCCUUUACCGAUCGACACGAACACCACUGAGGACCUGGAGUCGUUUCUGGGCAGAGCUUUGGAGUGCCAACACACACACAUUACAAACACACAUACACACACACACACACACACCUCCCUCCUCCCUUUCCAUCGUAAAUAUGAAAUUACGCCUCCACCUUGGUUGGCCUCGCUAGCCCCCUCCUCCAGCCCUCGGAGGCUGCAUCUACAUCGCUCUGACUGACAGCGGGGACGCCAGCCAAAAGUAGCCAACUUGAAAAUACUUGGAGAGCCGAACUCACGUGGACUCUGCGCAGAUACCCCUCCUCCGUAUGCCUGGGGGCGUUCGACCCGGGCAGAAAGACUGGCAAAAACCCCUGGUCAAACAUUAAUGGAAAAAUAAGAAAAGAAAAAAAAGAAAACAGACGAGUGACCGCCAUGGCCGACCACCGUUUAACGUGGUCCCCGGAAACCUGGUUCAGCAGGUCAACGCGCACACACAUACAACACACGCAAACAAGUGAACACAGAGGCAGGCUGAUGCUGAGAACAGGAUCGAGGAGCUCGUCUCCACAGAGGCUUGCUGAGUGUUCGAACUCCGGCCGACGACGGGCUGUGCUACAGACGGCCUACACCCCCCUCCCCACCCACUCCCUGCACCGGCUCCCCCCCCCACCCCGUACGCCACCUUCCACUAACUUCAGGACAUCGGCGGACACUUAGUGACGCAUGUGGACUCGGGACUUCGAAGAAGCCAGAGAGAAUCUACAGUCUCGACUCAGUGUUCCCUGUUUUUAAUCUUUUGUUGUUUUUUUUUGUUUUUUGUUUGUUGUUUUUUCCCCAUGGGUGAAGUGGGGGUGGGAGGGGGAGGGGGGGGUGACUGAGGAGGCGUGGUUACCUGGCUCUUUUUUUGUUUUUAGUUUUUCCAGGUUUACAAGGCAAGGUGCAGACGAUGAUUAAUAUUAUUAUUAUUAUUAUUAUUCUAAUUAUCAUUAUAUUAAUUAUUGUUACUUGCAUUCACAGUAUAUUUGUUGAGCGCCAGCAAGAGCAAGUUCCACCAACUUAUUAUAAUAAAGGUCCCGAUUCCACCGAUUACCAGUGACGAGCGUGUGUACAUGUUAACGUUUAUAUAUGACUUUAACAAAAUGGAAUUAUAUCAAUAGAGCGAGAUAUUUAGUUAUCAAAUGAAAGGAAAUUUUUGAAAAAAAAAAAAAACAAUCCUUUAAUGCUUUGUACUGACAUCAGUGACCCCUGAAGCGUGCUGGUUGUUCCUAGUCCGCGGUUUUUAUGCUUCCCGUUUUGUUGACGUCAGGCUUCCUACGCAGGUGGAAAACUGAUCUAUUUCACCUUUUCCAGGUCUGUAAAAUUUUGGACAACAGAAUUACUCUGAAGACCUGAAACACACGGAGUUUUAGACCUUUGCUUUCACAUUUUGUGGUACUCGGAUGAAGUAAAACGAAAGAAUCUUCAAACACUUUUGGUCAAAGUUUACAAUUUCAAAAAUGGAAACCCUGUGUAGGAAACCUGCAAUGACCUCUGACCCCAUUUUACCUGUUACCCCCAAAAACCCAGCUGCACAGCAGGUUUGAUGCAAACAUUGUUAAUCUUUAUUUUCUUAUCAAUGUCUAUGCUAAUCCUUAACCCACAAAGAACUCAGGAGCCAAAAUGUCCCUUUGUUCCUCCUCAGUUUAGAAUAGUAAGGUCCAACCAAGCAGCUGACAGACCCCGGGCCUUAACUACAGGUGGACUCUUGUGUUUCUUGCUUUGUUUCUUUAGCUGCACAGGUGCAGGCUUUUCCUUUCAGACCUGACGUCAGACCAGAAAAACAAGCAGCAGCAAACUGAGCUGCAGUGGAAGCAGCUUCUCAACGAGCUCGGCGUUGGAUUUAAAAUUGAACUGAAAUUUGAAUUUGUUCGAACAGCGCCCCUUCAUGGUGAUUCGUUUUUUAAGCCAGGUACCUUUGGCUGAUUUGAGUCUGGAGGAUUGGCUCGGACUCGGUCAGAUGUACCUGCAUUUCUUUGGCGUCUCUUUACAGUAACCAAACUUCCCAUCGCUCAUCUGUCAGUCGCUGUGUCUGACCUCUGUGCACCAAAACUCAGGUCCCGGAAAACAUGUUGCGUCUGGCAACCAUGGGCUUUUUAUCACCAGUCUUGGCUGCGGCUGAGCUGUCUGUGUGCAAAUGUACAGUCGAAGCAAUAAUAUAAGCUGUUUAGUGGCUGCCUCCCCUGAUAUUGGAUAGACAAUAUUACCAGUGCCAACAUCAGUAGUGGCUACCAAAAAUUCACUCCUCCUUAGAGAAAAAAAUCUGCUUUAAAAACUUAAUUUCUUUAUUUCUGACCAGAUAAGUACACGACCAGACACCAAGGAGGUGUAUACUCGUUUCUUAGCAACUAAGAAUUUAAAUUUCAGUUCGAUUUUAACGCUGGGUGGUGAAAAUCAGAUUUGUUGCUUGCUUUGUUUUUGGUUUAUGGGUUAAAUUAAUGUGAACUGGCUCAGUCACUGGUUUCUCUUCAGUCAGCUGUGACUCCACGAUGCUCCUCGGGAGCAUUUUGCUAUCAGGCUGUUUUCUAAAGCUGCUGCUGAAAUAGUAUUCAGUAAUGAAAAGCCCCCAAGUCCACCUGACUCCACCUAACCAAGUCCAGCCAUCAUCCUUCCUCUGCCCACUAAGUUUCAGUUUUCAGACCCUCCUCUGGCGUCUCAGCACUCAGAGCAUCGACAGGGAAAAUACAAAAAGGAAAAACCAUAAAAAAACAUCCAGUAUUGUCAGCUGCACUGUGGCAACCACACUUAUAAAAUAAAGAACCAAAUACUUUAGGAAGACUCCUCUGCAGCUGUGUGUUUGUGCUCGCCACUUGCUGAGAAACAGGAAUGCCGAGGCUUUUGCUAGACACGACCUCCAUCUUUUCCUCUAGUUUUUACCCAGGGGUCCGGAGUUGACGUUUCUCCUCACGGUGGAACUGAGCUUUUCUGUACCUUUGUUGGUUUCUGGCUUUGUUUUGUUUUUUUUUCCCGGAUCGCAAGCAGUCACGGCAUCGUUUAGAAAAUUUCUUAGACAAAGUGUCUGUUGUCUCUUUCUGAGUAAGGUCUGAAACCUAUGCAUGCCAUAGUAAAGUGGUGGUAAGAUCAAGUUAGAUGUCUCUUAUUUUAUACUUUUUGUUUCCUUCUUUUAGCCAGUUCACGGUGUUUAAGGAAGAUGUCAACCAGUAAGUUGUCCACUGCUGACUGUGUGUCCAUUUGGAGAAAAAAAAAAUGUGCAAUUUGUGUGAGGGUGAAAAGAUUUAUAUUAAAAAUGGCAAAUGAUGAUA